CCCUCCCUCCCUCCCGCUGCAGCCUAGGCCAGGUUCUGCGGCCACUUCCUGCGGAGUGCUGGGGAGCCGUGCGCGUUUUGGGGACCCCCGAAGUCCGGUGCUCGCAGCGGGACGAGUCUGGGACCGCAGAGCGGCCAGUCGUGGGCGGGAGUGGCCGGCGGCUCCAGCCGCUUCCGAGAGCGACUUUCAAACUCGCGCCCGCUUCGCGGCGCCACCUGGGCAGCCCCGCGCGCUCUGUGUGUCGCGAGCCGGCGGGGCGGCCACCGCUCGAAUCUCCCCGAGGUGACAAUCCCAGGCAGCGAUGCCAGGAUGCCCGUCUCUACUACCCUCCACCAAGAUGGCAGCCAGGAGCGGCCACCAAGCCUAAUGUCUACCACUUCCUCAUCUGGCUCCUCCCGUGACAGCCACAGUGCCAUGGAGGAGCCCACAGGCUCUGAGGCUUCAGCCCAGAAUGGGACAGGCUCCCCUUGGAGCCGGCAUGUUCCCAACAGCAACAACUCCAGUGGCUGGCUGAACAUGAAGGGACCCCUCUCCCCAUUCAACGGUCGUGCAGGGACAGGUCCUGCCUAUCAUAAGCUCAACUACCUGGGCCGGGUGGUUCGAGAGAUUGUGGAAACUGAGCGCAUGUAUGUACAGGACCUUCGGAGCAUUGUGGAGGACUACCUCUCGAAGAUCAUUGAUACUCCCGGGCUCCUGAAGCCAGAGCAAGUCAGUGCCCUCUUUGGAAACAUAGAGAGCAUCUAUGCACUGAACAGCCAGCUUCUCAGAGAUCUGGACAGCUGCAAUAAUGACCCUGUGGCUGUGGCCAGCUGCUUUGUGGAAAGGAGCCAAGAGUUUGACAUCUACACUCAGUAUUGCAACAACUACCCCAACUCAGUAGCAGCCCUGACUGAGUGCAUGCAGGACAAGCAACAGGCCAAGUUCUUCCGAGACCGGCAGGAGCUGCUGCAACACUCUCUGCCUCUGGGCUCCUACCUGCUGAAGCCUGUCCAGCGCAUCCUCAAAUACCACCUGCUGCUCCAGGAAAUUGCCAAACAUUUUGAUGAAGAAGAGGAUGGCUUUGAGGUGGUAGUGGAUGCCAUUGACACAAUGACAUGUGUGGCCUGGUAUAUCAAUGACAUGAAGAGGAGACAUGAGCACGCGGUUCGGCUACAGGAGAUCCAGUCACUGCUCAUUAACUGGAAGGGACCAGACCUGACCACCUUUGGAGAACUGGUCCUGGAAGCCACCUUCCGUGUACACCGCGUGCGCAACGAGAGAACUUUCUUCCUCUUUGACAAGAUACUUCUCAUCACCAAGAAGCGGGGUGAUCACUUCGUCUACAAGGGUCACAUUCCGUGCUCAUCGCUGAUGCUGAUCGAAAGUACCAAAGACUCCCUCUGCUUUACCCUCACACACUAUAAGCACAGCAAGCAGCAAUACAGCAUCCAGGCCAAGACUGCAGAGGAGAAACGGAGCUGGACCCACCACAUCAAAAGGCUCAUCCUGGAGAACCACCACGCCACCAUCCCCCAGAAGGCCAAGGAAGCCAUCUUGGAAAUGGACUCCUAUUAUCCCAGUAGGUAUCGCUGUAGCCCAGAGCGGCUGAAGAAGGCGUGGUCCUCCCAGGAUGAGGUGUCUACCCAUGUACGCCAAGGACGCCGGCAGUCUGAGCCUGGUUAUACCCUGUUCAGCAGGGCAACACUUCCCAGCAGGCAGCAAGGAUUGGAGAUGCCAGGCCUUAAGGGCCGUAGAAAGUCGGAGCCACCCAGACACUUGCUCAGGCAACUGAAUGACAAAGCAGCCAGAGCAGCAGGAAUGAAGCAUGCAGGCAGUGCUGGGGCCCUCCUGGACUUUGGGCAGCUGCCCCGUGCACGGGACCUUCAGCCAGAGGCUGAGGGGGCUGCCCGGGAGGAGCUUGAGGAAGAGGAGGCAAUAGCAAAGGAGGAACAGCAGCAGCAGACCUUCCCAGUCUCCCUGGAAGACCUGGCAGGGCAUGAAGGCAGUGAGAAGGAGCCUGGGCCAGAGCUCCCAGGCUCAGAGGAGGAAGAGGAGGAGGAGGAGGAGGAGAGUCUGGCAGUGGCGGAGCAGGUAGCAGACUUUGCCAGCUCCCUGCUGGCUGCCCUCCACUGCUGGCACUAUCGAGCCAACGCUUUACUUUUCUCCCGGGGUGCUAUGGGAAAGAGACACAGGGAAUCUGAAGGCUCUAAAAGCUGCAGAAGGCCCAGCGACCGGUCUCCAACUAGUGCAGAGAAACGCAUGAGCUUUGAGUCUGUUUCUUCCCUGCCAGAGGUUGAGACAGAUCCUGAGCUUGGGGCCGAUCAGGAGGCCUUUACUGCCUUGGAAGUUCCCAGCACUGAAGAGAUGCCUUCAGACUCAGAAUCUCCAGAAGUUCUGGAAACACAGCUUCAUGCCCCCAAGGGGCUGCUGGGGGUGGACAGCCCAGUUGAUGUAGUGGACUUUGUGGAACCUGUGGGCCCUGAGGACCUUAAGGCCCUGAGUAGUGAGGAGGAGGAGGAAGAGGAGGGAAUGGGAACUACCCAGGAGUCCGACAGCCUUCUGCCACCCUCAGUGCUGGACCAGGCCAGUGUCAUUGCUGAGCGGUUUGCCAGUAGCUUCUCUCGGCGGAGCAGCCUGGCAAUGGAGGAUGGCAAGUCCAGUGGCCUUGGGACACCACGACUUAUCAGCCGGAGCAGCAGUGUGCUCAGCCUGGAGGGCAGUGAGAAGGGCCUAGCUCGAUGGGGCAGCACUGGGGACUCUCUCAGCAACCCACCCACCCCAGAAGUGGUCAUCAGUGCAGACAUGGUCACAGACAAUGGCCCUUCUGUCAAUGGGACAGAAUCUACAAAUUCGGACUCAGGCUGCCUCGCGGAACCAGGAUCUUCCUGCAAGAAAAAGGAAUCAGCACUGUCCACCCGAGACCGGCAGUUGCUGGACAAAAUCAAGAACUACUAUGAAAAUGCAGAGCACCACGAUGCAGGCUUCAGCAUCCGUCGGCGGGAGAGCCUCUCCUAUAUCCCUAAAGGAUUAGUACGAAGCUCUGUGUCCAGGUUCAACAGCCUUCCCAAGCCAGAUAUGGAGCCAGCAGCUCCACUUGGGUACAAGAGGCCGGGAAGUUCUCGGCCAGCCUCGUGGGCCUUGUUUGACCUCCCAGGACCCAGCCAGUCAGGCACAGGGGACCCAGCUCCUGUCACAGAUGCUGAGUUCCGCCCAUCUUCAGAAAUUGUGAAGAUAUGGGAGAGAAUGGAGUCUUCUGAGAGAAGUCCUCAGACAGGGCCUGGCCAGAGCCAGGCCAAUGGCUUUGAGCUACAAGAGCCACUGUUCAUUUUGGAGGAACAUGAGCUGGGGGCCAUCACUGAGGAGUUUGCCGUGGCUUCUCCGGAAAGUUCCUCUCCCCCCGAGCAGCCCAACCCAGCCCACCUGGCCCAGGAGCUGAAAGAGCUGGUGAAAGAGCUGAGCAGCGGGGCCCAGGGGGAGCUGGUUACCCCACUGCAUCCCCGUAUUGUACAGCUCUCCCAUGUGAUGGACAGCCAUAUGAGCGAGCGUGUCAAGAACAAGGUCUACCAGCUGGCCCGCCAGUACAGCCUCCGAAUUAAGAACAUCAAGACAGCUAGGCCACCUCUGCAGUGGGAUAAAGCAACUCCUGACCAGGAUGAGCAGAUCCCCACCAUCUCCGGCCUGCCAGAAGAGGAAGCUGUAGAGCUGUUAGGGGGCAAAGCCAGGAGAAAGCCUGUGCUGUCACUCCUCAGCUAUGAGCAGCUGAUGGCUCAAGAUCAGGGCACCUCCAAAUUUUCCUCUGCUGCGGAGACCUCCCCACGCCGUGUCUCCCUCAGCCCUUCCGCGCUCAGCCCAAGAACCACCUCCCCCGGGUCUCAGCCUUCUACUCGGAGCCCUCUCAGCCCCUUCGACACUGAGACCUUCAACUGGCCUGAUGUCCGAGAGCUCUGCUCCAAAUAUACGUCCCAUGACAAGGCUGCCCAAGCCGAGAGCAACUGGCCACGUGGCCUGCUGGUCAACCGGAGCCGCUCCUUGCCUGAGAACAUAGUAGAGCCUCCUGUGUCUGGCAAGGUGGGCCUCUGCUGCAGCAUGAACACUAAGAGGCCCCAGCAAGGUGGGGAGGCAUCCCACCCUCCACCUUCUCACCCUCCUCCUCAAAGCAGCCUGAAUGGAGGUGAAUCUCUGUAUAUCACCGCAGACCUUACCCUGGAGAACAACCAUCGAGUGAUUGUCAUGGAGAAGGGGCCCCAUCCUAUCUCCACUGUGGGGCUGGAGGAGGGCAGUGGGAAGGAACCAAGUUCCCCAGUGGUUUUGAAGGGACGGGGCCAAGGUUUUCAGGAGUGUGCAGAGUACCACCAGCCCAAGGAAGAAGGUCCCAGGGACCCAGCUGACACAAGCAAGCAGGGUAGAGUGAGAAACCUGAGGGAGAAAUUCCAGGCCUUGAACUCUGUGGGUUGACUGACUCUUCAAGGAGAGAACAGCUAGGAUGUGGACUGGCGUGGCUCACUAAGGCUGUUCCUCCAUUCUUCUGGAAAAGUGGUUUGGGGUACCUGUGUGAACGUACCUGCUAUCUGUGCUGGCACACCCUCACCUCCUCAGGGAGGUCCUGAUAACUUUCCUUAGGCCCAGAUGAGCCACUUACCUUGUAAAUACUUCUCUGAUAAGAAACCAAAUAUUUUAUUUAAGCUUACUCUGCCCAGGGAGAGCAAGCACUGUCCUCGCUUCCCUUACUGGCUUGCCGUUGCCUGGCUGAGGACCCAAGGGCAGAGCUAGGAAGCAGCCCAGGCAGGCUUUGCUCUUCACCUGCCUUUUCUUAGGGCCUAGGCAGGAAUGAGGCCAAUAAUUUAUUGCUUUCAAUCCUGUGGUGUGUGUGCGUGCGUGCGUGCGUGCGUGCGUGCGUGCGUGUGUGUGUGUGUGUGCAUGUGCGCAUGUGUGCAAGUCCUGUGAAGAAUGUAACAGACUUUGUUCAGGUACUCUCGAAGGUUUUCUUGCUGGCCCUGUGGUUGUUGGUGAUGUACACACAUUUCAUUAUUUGUCAAUGGCACAAUAACCACUGCUGACCAUCCAACCAA